AGGCGCAGACGACUGAGCCGCGGCCGGGAAGUGAGGCUGCUGGCUACUGGGGCGACUGAAGAAGCUGAGGACCGCAGUGGAUGCUCCGGAUCCCGAGAGCGACAGAGAGAGCGAAUCCAGAUGGGGAGGCCGGGGAGGAGACCGGGAGGCCGAGCUGGGCCUGGUAAUUUGGGGGGACUCUUUCCUUUUCCGAAAGAGGAGCCCAGACGACGAGGUUCAUCUCUCACGAAUCUCAAAGCCAUGCCUAAGGGACCCGUGUCCUUCAAGGAUGUGACUGUGGACUUCACCCAGGAGGAGUGGCAGCACCUGGACCCUGCCCAGAAGGCCCUUUACAGGGAUGUGAUGUUGGAGAACUAUUGCCACUUCGUCUCUGUGGGAUUUCACAUAACAAAGCCUGAUAUGAUCCGCAAGUUGGAACAAGGAGAAGAGCUAUGGGCAGAGAGAGUUUUUCCAAAUCAGAGCUGUCUAGAAGAUGAAGAUGUUUUGGUGAAGUUCAAAGACUGCCAAGACAAGCAUUCUAAAUCCAUUGUAAUCAUCAACCACAAGAAACUAAUUAAGGAGAGAAAUAGUAUUUAUGGAAAAACACUUACACUAGACAAGAACCAUAUUAUUUCCAAAACACUAUUUGAAUGUAAACCUGAUGGGAAAGUUUUGAAAAAUAUUUCAGAAUUCAUUAAUAGAGACAUAAACCCUGUAAGAGAGAAGUUGGGUGACGGUGGAUGGGAGAAAUCAAUCCCAAAUUGCAGGCGUGAGAAAGCUCACCCUGCAGCCUCUCUCCACAAACCAGCGGAAAGGGCCCUGAGUUCCAGACAGCCGGCUCAGCAGCAGAAUACCCAGCUUCCAGAGCAGCCUUUUGGAUGUAAUGACUGUGACAGUUCCUUCUUUACGAGAGGAAUGGUGUUUCCAAAUAACAGAGCUCACAGAGGAGAUGCAAGCCUCAACUACAGUAGAGACGAAAUGCCUUUCGUAGAAAAGCCAGACCUUGAUAUUCAUCCACAUAAUCUUCUGGAAAAGAAAUCCUCUGUGUACAACAAAUACGGGAAAUUCUUUUGCAGAAAGUCCGUUUUUAUUAUGCACCCCAGAUCUCAAAUGGAGAAGCCCUUCCAGUGUCCUUACUGUGGGAACAGCUUUAGGAGGAAGUCCUACCUCAUCGAGCACCAGCGCAUCCACACGGGAGAGAAGCCCUAUAUUUGCAGCCAGUGUGGGAAAGCCUUCCGGCAGAAGACAGCCCUGACGCUUCAUGAAAAGACACAUAUAGAGGGGAAACCCUAUCUCUGUAUGGACUGUGGGAAGUCCUUCCGCCAGAAGGCAACCCUCACCAGACACCACAAAACACACACGGGCGAGAAGGCCUACGAGUGCGCUCAGUGCGGCAGUGCCUUUAGAAAGAAGUCCUACCUCGUCGACCACCAGAGAACUCACACAGGCGAGAAGCCCUACCAGUGCACAGAGUGUGGGAAGGCCUUCAUCCAGAAGACAACCCUCACCGUCCACCAGAGGACGCACACCGGAGAGAAGCCGUACAUCUGCACCGACUGCGGCAAGUCCUUCUGCCAGAAGACAACUCUCACCCUCCAUCAGAGAAUCCACACCGGGGAGAAGCCCUACAUCUGCAGUGACUGUGGGAAGUCCUUCCGCCAGAAGGCGAUCCUCACUGUGCACUACAGAAUACACACAGGAGAGAAGUCCAACGGCUGCUCCCAGUGUGGAAAGGCCUUCAGUAGGAAAUCCAACCUCAUUCGCCAUCAGAAAACCCACACCAGAGAAAAACCCUACGAGUGUAAGGCGUGUGGGAAAUUCUUCAGUUGUAAGUCAAACCUCAUUGCCCACCAGAAAACUCACAGGGCAGAGAAUCCGUAUCAGUGCCCUCAGUGUGGAAACGCGUUCAGAAGGCGGUCAUACCUCAUUGACCACCAGAGGACUCACACCGGGGAGAAGCCCUUUGUUUGCAAUGAGUGUGGGAAGCCCUUCCGCCUGAAGACAGCCCUGAUGGAUCACCAGAGGACUCACACAGGGGAGCGGUCAUAUGAAUGUCCACAGUGUCAGAGUGCCUUCAGGUUGAAGUCCCACCUCAUCCGCCAUCAGAGGACUCACACGGGAGAAAAACCAUACGAGUGCACCGCCUGUGGGAAGGCCUUCCGCCAGAAGACGACUCUCUCCCUCCACCAGAGGAUUCACACAGGCGAGAAACCCUACGUGUGUAAAGACUGUGGGAAAUCGUUCCACCAGAAAGCAAACCUCACCGUCCACCAGAGGACUCAUACAGGGGAGAAGCCCUACAUUUGUAAGGAGUGUGGGAAGUCGUUCUCCCAGAAAACAACGCUUGCUCUUCAUGAGAAAACUCAUAGCGAGGAGAAGCCCUAUAUGUGUAAUGACUGUGGGAAGUCCUUCCGCCAGAAAACAACCCUUGUGGCCCAUCAGAGGACGCAUACUGGGGAGAAAUCGUAUAUGUGUCCUCGCUGUGGGAAGGCCUUUAGAAUGAAGUCGUACCUCGUUGACCAUCACAGAACUCACACUGGAGAAAGACCGUACGAAUGUGACAAGUGUGGGAAGUCCUUCAGUCAGAAGACCAAUCUCAACCUACACCAGAGGAUUCACACUGGGGAGAAACCCUACGUUUGCAGUGAGUGUGGGAAGCCCUUUCGGCAAAAAGCAACGCUCACCGCGCAUCAGAAGAUCCACACGGGGCAGAAGUCCUAUGAGUGUCCGCAGUGUGGGAAAGCCUUCAGCAGGAAGGCUUACCUCAUUCAUCAUCAACGAACUCACACGGGGGAGAAGCCCUACCAAUGCGAUGACUGUGCAAAGUGCUUUCGCCAGAAGACAAACCUCAUUGUCCACCAGAGAACUCACACGGGGGAGAAGCCCUACGUGUGUACCGACUGCGGCAAGUCCUUCAGCUAUAAGAGAAACCUCCUUGUCCACCAGAGGCUUCAUCGGGAAAAUACGGAAAUGGAAUAGGAGAGCCAAUUGGCGACUGUGCAGUCUUCCCGUGACUGGAAGCCUGCCAUUCCAGGAGGAGAAACAGGCUUCCACAUGGCGUAAGUGACUAAUGUUCCACCCUCAGCACUGUUUACUGCUUCCCAGUGUGUGCAGUAGAUACAGGCAUUGUCGAACUGGUCAGCUGUGAAGAUGAUCUGUAACCUUUGGACGGUUCGGCUGACUUUGAAUACUUCAUCAAAAAAUAUUUUUAGUUUUAGAGUUACCUGACCUACACACCAGCCUCCAGGCCAGCCAGCGCUCUAUGGGGGAGACCAUCUCAAAGCAACAACAACAACAACAAAAUGUGUAAUACAUGUAGAAACACGUUAGAAAAUGGUCAUCAGUAUUAAUUCUCAUACGAGAAUAAGAAUGAACCAUCUCGCCGGGCAGUAGUGGCACACACCUUUAAUCCCAGCAUUUGGGAGGCAGAGGCAGGUGGAUCUCUGUGAGUUCGAGGCCAACCUGGUCUACAAGAGCUAGAAAAACAAAACAAAACAAAAAAUCUCAUUGUAUUUUAUAUUAACUAGAUUGGUACAUCACUGCAUGUGUCAUUAAUAGUACAUUAAUUUUAAUAUUUUAUUUAAAGUAUAUUUCUAGUUGUCUUAUUUCUGGAUAUUUAUAUUUUUAAUAACUGUCAUAAAAGUACUGCUAUAUUCUGGUAUAUGUCUUCUGGUGUUUGUAUAUAUGUAUGCAUUUCUUAUUACUUAAUAUCUAACAGUGGAAUUUUUCCAUGCAAUAUGUAGGUCUUUUUAGUUAUGGUAUGUCCUACCAUAUAUCUCAGACCUUCCACAAAAUGAUUUCAUUUUUUUUUUUUUUCCGAGACAGGGUUUUUCUGCAGUUUUGGAGCCUGUCCUGGUAUUAGGCGCUGGGCUCUUCCAGCCCUAAACAUUCACGCUAUUCCAGCUUAGAGUUUCUUCCCUCCAACUCCAACAAGCCCCCAGCCCUUUAACUUCUCUCUCCACUCCGAGAGGUAGACAUGGCAGCUUUGAACACCCGCAAAUGCCUCUGGCUAUUCUCGCUACCACCUGCAAGAUAGGCACUUGACAGUUUAAGGAUUAUUUAAAACAAAAAACAAAAAACUUUCUUUAUACCCAUGGAGUGGCCCAUUUCAGUGGCUUCACCAUGCCCUUACUUACAGAUAAAACUUACUAAAAAGGAACACUGAAGGCUGGGUGUGGCUGCACAGCCUGUGAUGCCAGCAAUUGGGAAGCUGAGGCAGGACUGAUGGCUACAUAGUAUCAAGCUUUUAUUCAAGGAAAUUGCUAUAGUUUUAGGGGUGCUUAUACUCCUCACUUAUUCCUAAUAAGUCCCAGAGAAUUCAUGCGAGAGGAAGGGUUAAUACGCAGAGCAUGAAAACAGUACCUAGACUGGAAUUGUUUCCAUACUAACCAGGUCAUUUCAGGGCAGACCAGUAAUCCAAGAUAUUUGGAACACUGAGGCCAGAGGUUCAUAAAUUCAGAGCCAGGCCAACCAACCUAACAAGACCAGGUCUUCAUGUAAAAAGUACAGUGGAACUAUGGCUAUAGCUCAGUGCUAGAGCAUUAGCCUACCACAUGCAAGGCCCCAGUUUUAAUCACUUAUACCGGCUGAACAUCUGUUAGGGGGAAAAUGGAUCCUGAAAACCCCAAUCUCUGGGGGUUGCUGGUUUUCUUAACCGUGUGUAUGGACUGUUUUGCUUGCAUGCUUGUCUGUGCACCAUGUGCAGUACUCUUGCAAGCCAGAAGAGGGCAUCAUUGCAUGAGAUUUGAGUUACAAACACUUGUGAGCUGCCACAUGGGUGCUGGAGCUGAAACCCAGCUAGUGCUUUUCUGAGCUUCACUCCAGCCCAUUUUCCAGUUUAAAAAUUACUGGGGUCUGUGUGUUGCAUGUUUAUGGAACUCAAGAGAAAACCGUGCUAGUCACAUCUGUCCUCCCACUAUACACCAGUUCUAAAUCUCAGACUGUCAGGCUUGGCAGCAAACGUCUUUACCCAUUGAGCCAUCUCUAGAUUCGUAAACAUAUAUGUACAUGUGCACUCAACAUAUGAAAGUGUGCACACAUGCAUGCUCGCGAACACACACACUACACACACGAGAAAGGAGAAAGACUCAAUUUCUUGAUGGCAUUGAUGCUAUGAAGGCAUCAUUUACCUUCCAAAUGGAAAGAUUUGCAAUAUUGUCUACAUGCUUAUGAUUUCAAAAGCACAAUUUUGUGAUUUCUUAUUUCUAGUGAAUUUAACUGUUUAUUUAAGUGAAUUAAACAUGGGUCUCCAGGGUAAAGCCAGUUUAUGAAUGUAAAGUUACAAAUCGUACAGCUUUCCAAAUCAAACUGCAAUUAUGGCAAGCUAUACCAAGGCAAACACUUUAUGCAUUUCAACACACUGUAAGCAUGGUCCCAGGAACUGGAAAUGCGUAGCCUUAAGCUUUUAAAUUCGAUGUAAGAAUGAGAACAUUUCAAGAUUUCUGGGAAAUAAUACUUUGGUAUAUUUGGAGCAUCAUUAGGGCUUGGCAUUUAUGUUACAUACCAGUUUUUGUUGCAGUUGUUGGUUUUUUUUUUGGGGGGGGGUGGUUUGAGACAGCAUUUCUCUGUGGCUUUGGAGCCUGU